AUUGUCUCCAUCAAUUCUACAACAAUAGUUUUUGAUGCCUCGAAUUGAUUGAUGAAUCCGUCUUGCCAUUCCGUCUCCUAUCGUUAUUACUUCGGUCUUAUCCAUGAAGACGAAUGCUCAAAACAGAACAUACACAAUUGCCAAGGACUUGUCGCGGGCGGAGACAUGAAAAAAAGAAAAAAGCAAACAUAACGGACUUCUUGGUCGGUACCCUACAAUACCCGUGUCCCCUUUUCGUCUUCAGUAUAUCACCACACCACCAUCAUAUUGAGUAUGCUUCUAUACUCUCUUGGAUAUUCAUCGUCAUUGUGCUUUUCACAGUUUCUUUUUUUUUCAUCUCCCAUUCUCUGGUCAAUAUUCCAUUCAUUUGUAGAAGCUACCAAAUUACGUGUCCUCGGUGUCAAUUGGUGUCUACUCACUCAAUUUUCAAUUUUUUGUCGUUUUCUCAGUCGUAGGAAGAAUCAUCUAGCAACAGAUGUCAAAUAGAAUAAAAACCAACCAGAUGGUU